AUGACUAUCACCGUAUGCGCAACCAUCGACGCAGUUACAUUUGAGCAGUACUCAGAAUCAAUAGGGAUAGGUACCCCGUCUCCGAGGAUAUCUUGGCAAUUUGGAUCAGAUGUGCACGAUUGGCAUCAAUCAGAAUAUGAGAUAGAGAUCAACAAGGAAGACUCCCUCCAGCCUGAAGUAUAUACUGUCGAAUCUAACAGCUCAGUCUUGGUGCCGUGGCCCGCUGCCCCACUAAAGAGUAGACAAAGAGCACAUGUCAGUGUACGUGCUCGGGGUAAAGAUGGUGUAUGGACCAGACCUGCGAAAUCUACUGUGGAAGCAGGUCUAUUAGAGGAAAAGGACUGGUCAUCUUCAUUCGUAGCCUGUUCACUUCAGCAAUCUUCCCAUCAGUCCAAACGUCCCUACCGUUUACGCCAAGUGUUUACCGUUCCCUCGAAACCAACACGCAACGCUCGAUUGUACAUUACGGCUUUAGGCGUAUACGAGUCGUAUUUGAACGGAAACAUAAUUGGCCAAGAUAUACUGGCACCAGGAUGGACAAGCUACACUGCACGCCUACCUUAUCAGACCUAUGACAUCACGCACUUGAUCAAAGACGGGAAAAAUGUACUAGGCGCAUGGGUGGGAGAAGGCUGGUAUUCCGGCAUUCUGGGUUAUCAAGGUGGAGCAAGGAAUAUUUUUGGAGAUCAGCCUAGCUUACUUGCCCAACUAGAAAUUGAUGGUCAGCCUAUCCAAGGAGAGUGGGAAUGGUCUUUUGGUGCUAUGACAAGCUCUGGUCUUUACGAUGGUGAGACUUAUGAUACUCGCCUACCUGAUGACGAUGAACAAGGUGGUGGAGAAUGGAGCAAAGUAAAAAUCAUGCCCAAACCUGCUUCCAAGCUAUUCAGCUCUCAGAGUCCACCCAUUCGCGCGGUCUCGACCGUCAAGCCUAUCGAUAUCCUCAUAACUCCUUCUGGCAAAACUGUCAUCGACUUUGGACAAAAUUUAGCGGGGUAUAUCAGGAUCCUCACCAACCCUCCGGUGGCUGCUGGGGCUGAACUAGUCAUACGCCACGCCGAAGUUCUCGAACAUGGAGAAUUGGGGACAAGACCUUUGCGAUAUGCUAAAGCGACCGACACUAUCAUACUCGGAGGCGAGAAAAGCAUGGUCGGAUACUCGCCAAAAUUCACAUUCCACGGAUUCAGAUAUGCAGAAAUAUCUGGUUGGUCCGGAAUUGCACCUCAAGAUGUCGAAGCUGUCGUGCUGCAAUCUUCAAUGGAACGUACAGGACAUUUCACCUGCUCUCAUGAGUUGAUCAACAAACUUCAUGAAAACGCGGUUUGGUCGACAAUUGGCAACACAAUUGGGAUUCCGUCCGAUUGCCCCCAAAGAGACGAACGACUAGGGUGGACAGGGGAUGUCUGCGUCUUCUCUCCCACAAUGUCCUACCUCUUUAAUUCAUCCGGUUUCCUUUCGGAGUGGCUGCAAGACCUCUGGCAAGAUCAACAGAAGCUCAACGGCGUCGUUCCGAUUUUCGUACCCGAUACUGGAACCGAUGUAUCUACCCCCGAGGCCAUCUGGGGAGAUGCUGCGGUGAUCGUUCCAAGCGAUACUUAUCGCGCCAGUGGAGACUUGGCGGUUCUCGAAAAACAGUUUCAAUCUAUCCAGAUGUGGCUUGAUCAAGGUGUCCGACGAGACAUACAGACGAGCCUAUGGGAUCGUGACCGUGACCAGCUCGGCGACUGGCUCGCUCCCCGAGCACCACCAGAAACUCCCAACAUGGGUCCUACUGACAACAUUCUUGUGGCCGAUGCUUGGCUAAUUCAUUCGACUCGUUCCGCAGCCACUAUUGCUCGUGCAAUUGGUCGACAAGUAGACGCGGAGCGCUACGAUCAACAAGCAACAGAGCUUACAGAGGCGUUUUACGAUGAAUACGUCACCACAUCAGGUCGGUUGGUUAGCGAAACUCAGACAGCUUUAUGUUUACUUCUUCACUUCGACAUCUUCCCCUCACAUUGCAAAGGCAGGCGGGACUACCGAGCCAUUUUUUCUGAGCGCCUGGCACACCUGGUAGCCAAAGCUAAUUGGCUAAUCGAUACUGGCUUCGCUGGUACUCCUAUCGUACUACCUACCCUUGCUGAAAAUGGUCAUUUGUCACACGCAUACCGCAUGCUUCAAGCUACCCAAUGUCCUUCUUGGUUAUCUCCGGUAUUGCUGGGUGCAACAACGAUUUGGGAAAGAUGGGACAGUAUGCUCUCUGAUGGCAGUAUCAACCCUGGUGAGAUGACCAGCUUCAAUCAUUACGCUCUUGGCAGUGUGGCGGCUUUCAUGCACGAGUACAUUGGUGGACUCCGUCCGAUGUCCGCGGGAUGGAAAGAGAUUAUCAUCCAGCCCAGGCCCGGAGGGACUGUCACUUCAGCAAAAACCAGUCACCGAAGUCCUUAUGGAAAGAUCGCAGUGGGUUGGGAGAUCCGCGAUGCAGAGCUGCAUGUAGACGUGGAGAUUCCACCAAACUGCACCGCGAAAGUUGUUCUGCCAGGAUCAGGUCUUGUCGGAGUCAUAGGAAGUGGCAGGCGACAUUAUUCAGUCCCUUACGAACUUCCAGCUUUCCCUCCUGCAUCGUAUGUACCUCAUUUUGCUCCCGUCAGGUCGAACGAAUGGGCAACUUGA